GUCACUGAGGUUGUUUUGUUGUUUCACAAGAUGUUCUAGGCACACACGGACGGAUAUUUUCAGGAAUGGAGGACUCGGAUCCGAAAACGCCGAUGCUGGGACGUAAGGAUGACCGGCUCACUCGGCGGUACUCCGUUAACUCACUGAGGAGACAGUUUGUCUCAAGACUGCCUGACAAGCUCCGCUCUGCUCGCGACCUCGAGUCUUCCACCUCCGACCUUGAUCUUUCCAGAACCAAAGGCUUAAGCAAAGGUGAAAAGGAGUACUAUGAUAAACAACUCGACACCUUGAAAUCGUUCGAGGAAGUCGAUGCUGUGAUGUCAUCUGACUCCAUCGUUGAGGAAAACCUCGAUGAACAAGCUCAGCAUGAAAGAGCGAUGCGGAUCUCUAAUUAUGCCAAUGUAGUGCUUCUGGCGUUUAAGCUGUAUGCUACAAUAAAGACUGGAUCCAUAGCCAUUGCAGCGUCAACACUAGAUUCGUUUCUUGAUCUCAUGGCCGGUGGCGUACUUUGGUUCACUCACCUGUCAAUGAAGAGCAUAAAUAUCUAUAAGUACCCUAUAGGAAAGUUGAGGAUGCAGCCAGUAGGCAUAAUCGUCUUUGCCGCUAUCAUGGCUACACUUGGCUUUCAGGUAUUGAUCCAGGCUGUAGAACAACUAGUUGAAGACAAAGGUUCUGAAGACAUGUCCUCAAGUCAAAUGAUAUGGAUGUGCACAAUCAUGAUAUCUGCUACUGUGGUGAAACUUGCCCUCUGGAUAUACUGUAAAAGCUCGGGAAACGAGAUUGUCCGUGCUUAUGCACAGGAUCACUUUUUCGAUGUGAUAACAAAUGUAGUCGGCUUAGUUGCAGCUGUUCUUGGUGAUGAGUUUUACUGGUGGAUUGAUCCUGUUGGGGCCAUCAUCCUUGCUGUGUACACUGUUACAAAUUGGUCUAAAACUGUCCUAGAAAAUGCAGUUUCGCUUGUGGGACAGUCUGCACCUCCUGAAGUCUUGCAGAAACUGACAUAUCUUGUCAUAAUGCACCCUCAAGUCAAGCGUAUUGACACUGUCCGUGCUUACACAUUUGGUGUUCUUUACUUUGUCGAGGUUGACAUUGAACUUCCAGAAGACUUACCAUUGAAAGAAGCUCACUUCAUUGGAGAGACUUUGCAGGAUAAGAUCGAGAAACUUCCAGAAGUCGAGCGGGCCUUCGUUCACCUUGAUUUUGAAUGUGAACACAAGCCAGAGCACUCUGUUCUCAGCAGACUGCCCAACAGCCAGUCUUGAAUUUGGAAUGCCUAAUCCAGUUUUCACAGAGAGACUCCUGUUCUCGUUGAUUUUAAAAUUUUGACUUUGGUCACUUUAUGAUCAUCCUUUGGUUAUAUCAGUAAAAUGCUUUUAGCCUCUUUAUAGCUUA